AUGGCGACGAAGGACAUGAAGCAAGCGGCGCAGGAGAGGUUCAACGAGUACAGGGACAACGUGGUCGAGAUGACGGACAAGUUCGUGGGCGAGAUGGAGGGCCGCGCGGCGAGCGUGAAGAAGAGCGUCAGCGAGGCCGUGGCCCACCCCUACGACACGAUCGACCAGGCGCGCGACGGGCUCGACGCCACCGUGGCCCAGACGCGCGACCGGGUCGAGACCGAGGCCUCGAUCGUGGUGGGCUACAAGGACCAGUUCCUGGGUGCCGUCAAGGAGGCCUUCGGCCGCGUGCUCAAGGACCAGGAGCUGACCCGCGCCGGCCAGGAGCAGAAGCUCAAGGGCGAGGCCGAGGUAGCGCUGCAGAAGGCGCUGGGCGAAGAGAAGCGCCAGCAGAAGAUGAGGGAGGCGAUCGUCGAGACGCUGAUGAGGCGCGAGGCGGUGCUGGCCCAGCUCGCGCAGCAGGACGGCUAUGACCAGCUCGCCGCCGCGGGCAAGCUGCGCCACGUUGAGCUGCGCGAGCGCGACCCGGCCGACAUCUUCAUCGCCGUGGGCGGCAAGACCACCUUCGCGCUCAAGCGCUACAGCAAGGCACAGCUGCUCGACGACAUCCGCCACCGCCGCACCCGCAAGCCGAUGCUCUACGUCAACGUGCGCGAGCGCGGGCUCAUGCGCUCCAUUCCGCUGCAGAAGAAGGACCUCAAGUUCAAGGGCCGCAUGCUCUACACGGACCUGUGGGCCGCCAUCCGCCGCAGCGACCCGCUGCGGCUGCACCACGUCGAGCGCGCGCUGAUCCGCGACCGCUCGCAGCCGCGCGUCGGUCUCCUCCGCAGCCUGGCCGGCGUCGAGACCCAGCGCGGCCGCGUGCUCGAGGAGGUGAAGUCCUCCCAGAGGCCCGGCCUGGUCCACACCGAGACCGACGACAAGACCAAGGUCCUCCUGGCCGAACAGAAGAGGAAGCUCGACAAGGGCAAGGAGAAGGACAACGGCGCCGGCGUGUUCCGAGCGCCGCUCGAGUUGCUCUCCCAGGGCACCAACUAUUAG